CUGGCUCGUCUAAGCGCCAAUUUCGAAUUUUGUAACAACUGCCGAGAACAACAAUCCAUACCAUCCAACAAUCCAUAACGCUCAAGGCUGAUCGCUUACUACAGUCUCAUCGUCCUAUACAAUGGAUCGUACACCGCUUGGCAAAGUCCAUCGGAGUGCUUUAAUAGGGACCAAGGCAUUCACUCCUGUCACAAUCCCGGCUUCUCCAUUCAUGACCAAGCUCGGUUAUGGAACCGGUGUCAACGUGUAUCGUUUCAAACGAAGUUCAAUCGAAGGUAAAUCUCCUUGGGCCGUGAAGAAAGUCAACCCAAAAGCCAGACCAGGGAUCAGUGAGCGUUUAGCAUUAGAGGCGAGCAUUUUAAAGGAUUUAAAUCAUCCGAACAUCGUUGGUUUUCGCGCCUUGAUUGGGAACACGAAUGGCGACUUAUGCCUCGCCAUGGAAGAUUGUCACAUGUCUUUGAUGGACAAGAUAGAGGAACGGUCCUAUCUAGAAGAGAAAUUCGUACCCAAGGAAAUUUUUGCAGUAGCCUGGGCAAUUGGUAAUGCGCUGGAAUACUUGCACUUUGAGAAAAAGAUCUUACAUGGUGAUAUGAAGAGUGGCAACAUUCUCAUUCGUGGACCGUUUGAGUCGGUGAAAUUGUGUGAUUUCGGUGUUGCUCUGAGGCUAAAGGGUGAUCUGAGUGGGUUGCUGGACCCGAAGGGCCGCUAUAUUGGCUCUGAACCAUGGAAGAGUAAGGAGGCUUUGAACAGAGGUGGUGUUGUGUGUGAUAAAACGGAUAUUUUUGCGUAUGGUCUUGUGAUCUGGGAGAUGUUGGCAUUGGACGUACCACACGUCAGUUUGCUAGGCACAGAUGGAAGCAUGGAUACUGAUAUGUCCUGUGAAGAGGAUUCUGAGGAGUAUACUGCAGCCCUAGGGACACGCCCUCCACUUCCUAAGGAGAAUUACGACCAGUCAUUUAAUCCUCUCAUAGAGCUGUUUGAUUGGUGCACUGCUGAAGAUCCAAGAGACAGGCCCUCAGCCAGACAAGUGGUGGACUUUUUAAAGCCACACAUCAUGACUUUGAGCAAAGAUUGUUAAUUUGAAGUCAGUAAAUAGUACCUUCAAAUGACAAUAUAGGGCUUGAAAUAUAAAGGUAAUUCAUGUGAAUUCAUGUAGAACAUUUCAAAUUUUAAAUCUUCUGUCAGGCUUAUAUUAAAGUUAUCUCUACAAUGUGAUUUCUAACAAAAGCAUGCUUUCCAGCCCUGACAUACAAUGUAAAUAACACAAAUGAAAUGAAAUACUGUAAUAUCACAA